AUGAAUACUUCAUGUGCCAGCAGAUUUUUAAAAAUUAAACGCAGUCUAACACAUAAAGACGUUUUAUGCUGUCUUUUUAUAACUGCGAAAAGAUUUUCCACUAGGGAACUCUUAAAUGAAGCGUACUGUCGCACAAAACUAAAGUGUCGUUCUAAAAAGCUCCCACAAGAUGUCAAUCCCCAAGGAGUUUUUGCAUGCAAUGAGCUUGAUCUUUCUGAGGUGAAGGUAUAUGGGUUUGAUUAUGAUUAUACACUUGCUCAUUAUAAGCCCAGUCUUGAACAUUUACUAUAUAAUCUGGGACGGGACAUGCUACUCGAAAAAUACAAGUACCCUGCUGGAAUAGCUAAUCUGGAGUACAAACCCGACUUUGCUGUUCGAGGAUUGCAUUAUGACAUUGAAAAGGGAUUACUAUUGAAAUUAGAUUCAUUUCUACAAAUACAGUUUGGGGCUGUUUACAGAGGGUUGACACCUGUACCAACUGAGGAAGUUCUUAAACUGUAUAAAAAUAGAAUUAUACCUAUUGCAUAUGUUGAAGGUGACACAAGGGCUCACAAGACAAAUCAAGCAAAGAUGGUUCAUUUGGCAGAUUUGUUCUCUGUACCAGAAAUGGGUUUGCUGUGUAAUGUUGCUGAAUAUUUUAAUAAGAAUCAUAUAGAUUAUCACCCAGAGAUACUCUUUUUGGAUGUCAAGAACUCUGUUCAACAUUGUCAUCCGAUCAUGCACAAAAUCGUUGCUCAAAACGUGGAGGAAUACGUGAGACCAAAUUCAGGUCUUAAAAAAUACUUUCGACUUCUUCAAGAAGAAGGAAAGAAGCUGUUUCUAGUCACAAACAGUCCCUUUCAUUUUGUGAAUGCUGGAAUGGAAAUGCUUGUUGGUCACGAGUGGAGAGAUUUCUUCGAUGUCGUUAUAGUAAAUGCGAAUAAACCUAAGUUUUUCACUGAAGUUUCAAGGCCAAUUAGGGUGUUCGACAAAAAUGCAAAUACACAUAUAUGGGAGAAAGUAACAUCCUUAGAAAAAGGCAUUAUUUAUUACGAGGGUACAGUGAAGCAGAUGCAAGAUCUCACUGGUUGGAGUGGCCAUCAAGUUCUAUAUUUCGGUGAUCAUCCAUACAGUGAUCUCGCUGACGUCACACUCGAACACGGCUGGAGGACCGGAGCAAUUAUUAAUGAACUAACGCAUGAAAUAAACACACUGAACACAAAUACGUUCAAACAGAACGCGAACUGGCUUCAAAUGCUCACCCAGCUUAUCGAGGACCACCAAGACUAUAAGCAGCCUGAGGCCCUAGAGAUCAUUGAAAAAUGGAUGGCUGAGAGAGAUUACCUCAGAAACGCAACAAAAUCAGUAUUCAACCCUCAAUUUGGAAGCGUCUUUCGCACAUAUCACAAUCCCACAUACUUUUCAAGGCGUUUAUUCCGAUUCGCGGACAUCUACACGUCAAAUAUAAGACAUCUACUUAACUACUCACUCACUCACACGUUUUACCCUCGUCGUGGUGUAAUGCCACACGAAUAUGGAUCGUAUUUCGUCUAG